GAUACUCAGAUCCAAGUUUGGAGCUUUUAGCUGCCAGCCCUGGCCCAUCAUGUAGGUGCAGCAGAGCCUUCCCUUCCAUUGCAAUUGGGAAAAAAAAUUACUUUGUAAUCUGUUUUGCAAGGUGUGCAAUUGCACCGCCCCUCUCUGCAAAGAGAUCUGCUGCAGCAAGUCAGAAAAACUCCAGUUGCAUGAAGAUUGAGCGUUUGCAGUUUGCAUCUUUGUUGCAAAACUAGCUACAGAAGAGAGGCAAGGCAAAGUCUUUUGUGCUCCCCUCCCCCAUCAAAGCAAAGGGGAAAAUGUCUCAGCCGAGAGGCAAGAAGAGAAACCCUGGGCUGAAAAUUCCUAAAGAAGCAUUUGAACAACCACAGACAAGCUCUACGCCCCCUAGAGAUUUAGACUCCAAAGCCUGCAUCUCUAUUGGCGAGAAGAACUUUGAAGUGAAGGCCGAUGACCUGGAGCCAAUCUCUGAACUGGGCCGAGGUGCGUACGGGGUGGUGGAGAAGAUGCGCCACAUGCCUAGCGCACAGAUCAUGGCGGUGAAGCGGAUCCGAGCCACAGUUAAUAGCCAGGAGCAGAAGAGGUUACUGAUGGACUUGGACAUCUCCAUGAGGACGGUAGACUGCCACUUCACAGUCACUUUCUAUGGUGCUCUCUUUCGAGAGGGAGAUGUGUGGAUUUGCAUGGAGCUGAUGGAUACCUCAUUGGACAAAUUCUACAAACACGUCAUUGACAAAGGCCUGACGAUUCCUGAAGACAUCUUAGGGAAAAUAGCUGUCUCUAUUGUAAAAGCACUAGAACAUCUACAUAGUAAGCUCUCCGUAAUUCACAGAGAUGUAAAGCCCUCUAAUGUGUUGAUCAAUACACAGGGGCAGGUGAAAAUGUGCGAUUUUGGAAUUAGCGGUUACCUCGUUGACUCUGUUGCUAAAACCAUGGAUGCAGGAUGCAAGCCCUACAUGGCUCCUGAAAGAAUCAACCCCGAGCUAAACCAGAAGGGAUACAGCGUCAAAUCGGAUAUCUGGAGUCUGGGAAUCACCAUGAUCGAGCUGGCAAUCCUGCGGUUUCCGUAUGACUCCUGGGGGACGCCGUUCCAGCAGCUCAAACAGGUGGUGGAGGAGCCGUCACCGCAGCUUCCGGCGGACAAGUUCUCAGCAGAGUUUGUUGAUUUUACCUCACAGUGGUGGCUCCCGGCAAGAGAAGAUUCAGAAAUGCACGUUCCCCAGGCCCUGCACAUCAACAGCUCGCACUGUUUUCCUGUGCACGGACACGUGAGCCUGAGUGAACCUUCCCUUGAAGAAGAAUUCCAAAGAACGGCCAACAUACCCAGAGCUUAUGCAACACCCUUUCUUCACCCAGCACGAAUCCAAAGAGACAGACGUGGCUUCUUUUGUAAAACUCAUCCUGGGAGACUGAGAAAUGGACUUGUACAUGAUUUGCCCUUCUGUGGACUGGUGGGUUUAGGGGAAGAGGUGUGCGGCGGGGCUUGGUCACGAAAGCACCAAUAGAAAGUCGCCUUUUUAAAAAAAAUUUAAAAUCCUCGCCUCUCCAAUGUUUUAAAGGGUUCUUUGGUAUCCAUAGUGACAUAGAGAGAACUGGUUAGUGAAAUGAAUUUUAAUAAGGUUGGCACUCUUCAAACAAAUGAAAUAAUUUUUAACAAGGGUGAUUGAAAUAUUUAAUGACAGUCAAGAUUCCUCCUGCCCCAACUUUCUCCUCAACCCCCUUCCCUUGUUUCUGUCAAAUUGCUUUUGUCAUGGUAAUAGGUGCUAUGGUAGUCAUGAAGUUGUAUGUAGAUUUAUAUUUUGUCCCUUCCAUUAUUUUAAUAUUUAUGUUAAGUGCUUGAUUGAAUAGAUUUCUGUUUUAUAUGAGAAUGAACGUGUGAUGAUAAUGAUGAAAAUGAGGCUACAGCAAGCAAUAUUUAUAGGGCUUUGCUGUGAAAAGGGUUAAAAGGAGAAAAGGAAAGAAAAAAAAAAAGAAGCCUGUAUGUUGUGGGAAACUAUUUAAUGUGCAUCGUUCAAGAAUUUUUAACAAGGAUCUUGGGUCAAAAGCCGGGGCUACCUUGGAAAACAUGCUGAGGGGAUUGAUAGGAUCUCUCAUGGUUCUCAUGGCGUUUGUGGUGCAUUCCCAGCGCACUGCGUUGCUAAAUCCUCAGGUUCCAGCUAUUUAUGCAAGUGUCUGAAAGACAGCGAUGUCCUGAGGAAGAAGCGUAGUGACUGGAACUAAUGCAGGGAGGAAAGAUUUUGUUUUAAAGUGCGUGGCAAUGUGUAGAGGCAUUUGCUGAUCCCUCACCUGGCUAUGAAUUUGGGAGUGUUCCAUAGAGAACCUUGUGCUGACAUUAGAGUUCAGGUUUUGUGGUGGUUUUGGCCUCACAAGGGAGUUUUCCUGUCCUCCCUGAACAGAAAGGAACAUUAUGAAUGGCUGGAUAUCUGCAAAAGGGGGAAGCAAAGACAGAGGAUUACGUCCCAGGAUGGGUUUCCAAAGUUCCUAGCACUACAUAGACAGAAAUCCCCUGAACUUACCCACAGUCAUUUGAAACGCUAGCGAGCUCCGCAGGAACUCCUGCUGGAGUGCGGUUUGAUCCUCGUCCAGGGCUGGUCAGGAUGAUCAAUGCAGCUGUGCAUGUUGGGCUAUAGCACACGCUGCAGGUGCCCCUAGCAGGGUUUCAGUCUGGGAAAACCCACAAGGAAACCACAGCUACACUGAUACCAGAAGC